UGUUUGUAAAUAACCUUAUCAAUUUGCUACGAAAAAUAUACCUACUUGGUUUCUAAAAAUGCAAGACUAUCAAAUAAAGAACAAUCUAAUCACUGCAGAUGGUAUAAAAAUCAUGACAGUCAAUGACUACCCUCAAGAUGUAUUCCGACAAAAGAACUUCAUGAACGGCCUUCAGAAUGCUCGGAACCUCUUGAAAGACCUCCUGGAAAGCCUGGAAGAAACGAGGAAAUACGAGAAUGAACUGAUGCGAUGUGGAAGUACUCACGUCCAUGAACGUAAAGACCACAAAACUAAUGAGUGGUUGAGCGAUGAGCAAAACCACAAGACUUGGCAAUCAUCAGGUUCUGAAACGCAAGACUACGGGGCCUUAGAAUCGUGGUCGACCAUGAGCAUUGUCUGUCUACAAUAUCAAUACGAAGAACUAGCAAAGCGCUACAAAUCCCUACUCUGCCAGUACUCGUCUUGUUGCGAGGCCGACAAUGCUAAGAACACGGAGGUAGCACGCCUGCAGGCCCUUGCCAACUCCACUCAUGCGCAACUCAUGGAUGCUCAUACGAUGCUAUUAGCUGUUGGGGAGAAAUACAUGUCGCUGAGGGAAAGAAAGCUUGCCAUGAAACACGCAUACUCCAAGAAAGUUCACCAACUGAAGCGAGCAGUGAAGAAGUUGAUAGCAGCAGCUGACCGAGCCAGGUGCGAACUCGACUUAAGUCUGAAGAAAGCGAUGAGGACUGAACGGCAUGGGGCAGCUGCCAUGUUGCUUGCUGAGAUUCAAAAAUGCAACAAUCUAUGCUUAGAAAAUCUUCGUUUGAAAGCCCAAGCUCAAGAACUAAUCCCACGAAAGGAUAUUUUUUAUUAGAAUUUUAUUUAGUGGGCCUCUAUUAUUUAUAAUACGAAUAUUAUUAAGAAUUAAACAAGGU